AUGCGAAAUCUGGAAAAGCUGCUCGGUUGGUUACGAGUCGCACUCAUUUACAUCCUGUCGGGUUGCUUCUCCAGUCUGGCUUCCGGAAUCAUGCUUCCCUACCACGUUAACACGGGACCGACGGGUGCUCAUUUUGCCCUUUUUGGUGUCGUAUUUGUUGACUAUCUUCAAACUCAUGAAAUUUUCACUUCUCCCUGGACAGCCAUCCUGCAGCAAUCUCUGCCAAUCUUUGGCGUUCUUUUUGUGGGCUUCCUACCUUGGCUAGACAACUACGCCCACGUCUCGGGCUUUAUCUCUGGGGUCCUCCUCUCCUACGUGUUUGUGCCCUAUCUUGGUUUCGGCUGCGUCAAACUCCCCCCAGAGAUCCUCGCCGCAAGUCGAUCUAUGACAAGAAAGAAAAAGAAGAAAGGCAUGAAGCAAAAAGUUGAAAAUAACAACCAAGGAAAAGGAAAUGACAAAGGAGAAGGGAAGAAAAAAGGAAGGGGGAAAAAAAGACAAAAACUUCUCUCAGUUUCUGGAACUUUUGGUGACGACGACCACUCAGAGCGCACUGCUGCUCAAUUGGAGGCCUUGCUAUGCCGAAUGAAGAAUCGGCGAUUGAAGGUUGUUGUUUGCUGCGCCCUCCUUUGGACUGCACUUUUCAUUACUCUAUUGGUUGUCUUUCUUAAGUGUCCACUCACAAGCUGCGCCUGGUGCAAGUACCUCAACUGUUUGCCCUUCACAAACACCAUGUGCGACAAACUUGAGGUUGACGUCCACAAUCCCACGCGCUGCAUUCAUCCGCACGCAUAG